AUGUCAGUCUGCGAGCUUCAUUUUGCCGACGAAGUUAUCAUACGGGAGGCGUCUUAUGUUGACGAUUCUUCGGGGCGCACACUGACAGCGCCUCUGACGCACCCCCGCCUUCGCCCGGACGCAGUCCCUUCGAAGUUCCCGCACUGCCCCAGCUACCUCUUCCAAUCUGAAAAAGAAACAGACACCAUCCUCAGCCUCACAGAUCUUGCCGACUACCUGAGAAGUCGGCAGUCUACGUUUUGGCAUCUGAUUGAAGGCGGUGGACACUUAACCUUAGUGCACAUCGUUGAAGACGACGCACCAUGGAUUAAGUACUCGGUUGUUGUUAGAGAGGACAUGACUGUUACCCUACAUUUGGUGAAGACACCAAUCACUAAGUUGGGAUCCCAUCUGCAGGUUCCCGCUGUCGCAGAGAGCAAGAGGGCAGUGACUAAGUUCCUUGAAGAUGUCGAAAACUGGAACAGCAACCUCAAUUCAGGUUCCCAAGAUUUGGAUGAAGACAUUUGCGAGAUGAUUAGAUUGCUGCUCGCCAAGUUGUCCGUGACGUCAACAGUCGACAAGGUCCACAUCAUCCAGUUCCUCACUGAGCAGUUGAAGCUACUCUCAGAAAAGAAGGAGCAGCGGCGUUACUCAGCUGACUUCAUGGUGUUUUGCUGCCUUUUUUUCACAAUCUCCCCCCAUGCCUAUAAGUACGUUCGCAGCCAUGGGAGCAUUUUUCUGCCGCAUCCGAUGACCAUCCGACGGAUAUGCUCGUCGUACGGAACGAACCCCCAACAAGAGCAUCAAAGUCAAACGUUCCUCUCCUACAUGCAGUCAAGGAUCCAUGUUCUGGAUGAUCGCCAACGUUUCGUGACAUUGAUGGUGGACGAGAUCCAUAUCAAGCCUUACUAUGAUUACAAAGGGGGCAACAUUACGGGUGCGGCACUCAACUCCACAGAAACAGCCAACAGCGCUGUUGUUUUUAUGGUCCAAAGUCUCACGUGCACUUUCAAGGAAGUUGCUCACAUCGUCCCUGUGCACAGAGCUGACGCAGAGUUUUUGCACAAGUUGUUGAAAGAUGUGAUAUGUGGACUGGAGAAGAUUGGGUACAAGGUUACGUGCGUCGUAACUGACAACAACUCUGUGAACAGCAAGGCAAUGUCCUACUUUCUGUCGGUACCAAAGCUUAAAAGAAACAGAGCUCCGGAUGAAGGGAUAAAUGAAGGAUAUGUGUAUCCACAUCCGUGUGAUCCUUCCAGGCCACUGUUUUUUGUGAUUGACUCGGUGCACAUUCUGAAGUGCAUAAGGAACAAUUGGCUCAACCAAGGUAAUGACCGACAUGUCUUCUACUUUCCUGAGUUCCAAGCUGAGUCCACACGUGAGCGGCACAUGCUUUCUGCAUCUUUUGCAACUAUCAGGGAAGCCUACAACUUGGAGUGCGACCAGCUGUUGAGGUAUGGCCACAGCCUGUCAAGAAAGGCUCUCUGUCCGUCGAACAUCGAGAGACAAAACGUGAAACUCGCUUUGCAGAUCUUCAACGACUCUCUGCCCCCGGCCCUUCGGUCCAUUGGAGUGAAGCACAAUCUGUUACACUUUGAGGGAACGGCAAGUUUCAUCGAGAUCAUAGUCAAGUGGUGGAAAAUCGUGAAUGUGAAAACUCCGAACAAAGGAAGGAGACUAAAAGACGACUUUCAGAACCCAGUAUUUUCUCUGGAUGACGACCCGAAGGUGGAUUUCCUUUACGAACUUCUAGACUGGCUAGAUCUUUGGAAGAGCAAGGAUCUAAGCACGGGUAAGCUCACCAGGGAUACCCAUCGAGCUCUCCGUCAAACAACUCGUGCACUUCUGGAGGUUGUUCGAUACUGCUUCGAGGAACUAGGGUUUAACUACGUGCUCCUGGGGAAGAUACAAACUGACGGCCUUGAAGAUCGCUUUGGCAAGUAUAGACAACUGGCCGGCUCCCAGUAUCACGUAUCCAUAAGGCAGAUCUACGAAGGGGAAAACAAGCUACGGCUGCAGAGCACGCUGCCAAUGAUCACCACAGCUGGCGAAGAUAAGGCUUGGGAAGGUCUCCACGAGCGAGUGGACACGACACGCCCUAUCUGCAAUGUGGUGGUGACCAGAGAGGCACUGUCAAAAAUAGCAGGCAUCCUGCCAGUCCUGGUCUACGUGGCUGGAUACGCUGUUUACGCCACACUAAAAAAGCUGAAGUGCGAGGGAUGCAAGGCCGCGUUGACAGAAGAUAACAAGCUGGCCACAGUCUCGCUCGCACAGGAACACUAUGCACUCGUGAAGGAACUGGACCGAGGAGGGCUAGUUUUUCCAACAAUGUUUGCAGCAAAUGCUGUUGCCCACAACUAUGUUGUUGUCCAGCAAGUUUCGAGCCAUUCAGAGUUCUUGAAGGUGCCCAACCAGAGGCAACUCGUUACAGAGCUCACAGUGGAACUCCUGGCGAAUGAAGAUACUUCAGACUUCGACACUUGCGACAAUGGGCACACGAGUGAACUUGUCCUGAAGCACAUAUUGUGGUGCAGUACAAACGUUCUCUUAAGAAAUUUCUGCAACAGAAUGAACGACCGCGUUGUUGACGCGAAUGCAAAACAGAAAAAACGAAAAAAUCCCAGUAAUUGCACAGCGGCACCAAAGGUUUUCUGUCGGCUCAAUAAUCCGUACGGACUGGCGGCUGCUGUGCACGACCUUCUUUCUUGCUUCGUGGCGGCCCUACGAACAGGAAAGACGCUCAUCUUGGACAGCACCAAGUGGAAAUACGCUCCCGGGCAGGACUGGGUGAAGUCGUUUCUUCCGGUCACAGGGUCAGCGUGCGCGAGCGUUCGUACCCCCGACAAAGGAGCGGAGAUCUACGUGUUUCCGGGAAGAAGAUAUCGCAAACCGUUGAAGGAUCUGCCGUCCGCCAUUGUGGAGACCUUGGUAGCCAACAACGGGGACCCGUACGCGUGGUGGUACGGGCAGAUCAUGAGCUACGCCCUUCGGUUCAACAACUCAACGCUGCAGAAAAUUGACAAGUUCAAGGUUGCUCGUGGCUACGAACAUCCCAUUGUAGGAGUGCACAUCAGAAGAAGGGAUAAGAGUAUUGAGGCAGCGUACCAUGCAGUUGACGAGUACAUGUUUCAUGUGGAGGAAUUCUACUCCAAGCUGUCCCUCGACAAGACUGUCACUACGAAGCGAGUGUUCCUCGCCACCGACGAGCCCAAGGUUAUGGACGAAGUCGAAAGAAAAUUUCCGGACUACGAAGUGAUUACCAACAAGAGGUCGUCACGCAAGGCCGCGGAGCGCAGCAGGUCGACGUUCUUCGAUGCCCUGCUCGAUCUCCAGUUGCUCGCCGACUCCGACUUUCUCGUCUGCACCAUGUCGUCAGGGUUUUGCCGGGUGGCCUACGAACUGAUGCAAGUCCGCCAUCCUGACGCGUCGCUCAAGACCGUGUCUCUGGACGUGGAGUACUUCUUCGCCUUCGUGCCUUUCCCGCCCAGGAAGACGCUCGACGAGAACAGGCCCGCGCUACCGCACGAGUUGGGCUGGUCGGGCAAAGGGCAGCUGAUCGAAGCGCCGGGCAAGUACGUUGCCGUGGACGAGGCAAUGAAGAAGAAAUUUGCCGAUGGGUUCAGCAUGGGCCGUGUACAGGGACGUGCGACCAAAGACGCGCUGUCCGUGUUUCCCAGGUUCAAGACGACGCAGACGUACAGUGUGGCCGACUACGCGGCCUUUGCCGCGCCUCCGUCGCAAGCCUAA